UCACGCACACACACACACACACACUCCACUCUCUGCGCUCCCUCUCAGAUAGGCAGCGAAGAACGUGGGCAGAGUGUAGGGGUAUAGGAAGAGGAGAGAGGCAGGAGGUUUUUUCGGUGUUGGGACGAGGCUCCGGGCUGGACCGCAUGCAUGACACAACGCAAAGGCGAGAAACCCUCCAUCAGCAUCCAGGAGCACAUGGCCAUUGACGUGUGCCCCGGCCCCAUCCAGCCCAUCAAGCAGAUCUCCGACUACUUCCCCCGUUACCCACGGGGCCUCCCCCCUGCUGCGCCCAGCCAAGCGGGCCCUGCCGGGCCCCCGCGCUCUGCCCCCUCCGCCUCCUCGGGCGCGGGCGCCGCCGCCGCCGCCACCGAAAGUGACCGACCCAAUGAGGACAACCCGGACCGGGCUUGUGCCGGAGCCGCCGCCUCCGUCCAGGCCGCCAGGAGGGACGAGGAGCCCGACGUGGAGGCGUACGACUCGGACGACUCCACCACACUGGGGACCUUGGAAUUCAGUUUGCAGUAUGACCAGGAGAACAAUGCACUACACUGCACCAUUAACAGAGCCAAGCUCCCCGUCCCCAGAUACAAGAAGGGGCUCAAGCCGAUGGACCACAAUGGCCUGUCGGACCCGUACGUCAAGUUGCACCUACUUCCUGGUGCCAGCAAGGCUAAUAAACUCAGAACCAAGACCCUGCACAACACACUCAACCCCGUGUGGAGCGAGACCCUGACCUACUACGGCAUCACCGACGAGGACAUGGUCCGCAAGACACUCCGGAUUUCAGUGUGUGACGAGGACAAAUUCCGCCACAACGAGUUCAUCGGGGAAACGCGAAUCCCCCUGAAGAAGCUGAAGCCCAACCAAAUCAAAAACUUCAACAACUGCCUGGAGAAACAGUUACCCGUCAACAAGACAGAAGACAAGUCGCUGGAGGAGCGAGGACGCAUCAUGAUCUCUCUGAAGUACAACACCCAGAAGUCGUGCCUGGUGGUAGGCAUCAUACGCUGCGCUCACCUCGCCGCCAUGGACGCCAACGGCUUCUCCGACCCCUACGUCAAAACGUACCUGAAGCCCGACGAGAACAAAAAGUCAAAGCACAAGACGGCUGUGAAGAAGAAGACGCUCAACCCCGAGUUCAACGAGGAGUUCUGUUACGACAUCAAAUACGCAGACCUCACCAAGAAGACCCUGGAGGUGACCGUGUGGGACUACGACAUCGGGAAGUCCAACGACUUCAUAGGUGGCGUCUCUCUGGGCAUCAACGCAAACGGCGAGAGGCUCAAACACUGGUUCGACUGCCUCAAAAACAAGGACAAGAAAAUUGAGCGCUGGCACACGCUGACCAACGAGCUACCCGGCUCUUUGAAUGACUGAAGAGCCCCCCUGUCGUCGCCCCCCCCCCCCCCCGGUUCCUCCAGCCUUCAUUCUCCCGACUCCUCCACCGAGCUGCUCUUCUUCUCUGGAUGUUUCCCUGCGUCGGCCGCAGCACCACCUCCUCCCUUUGGGAAUAUGAAUGUUUCCUCUGUCAACAGGGCUAAAAAAUUAAAAAAUACAAAUCACUCUCGCAUACACGGCAGGCUGCUUUUACCUUUUUACGAGAAAAUCAACCAAAUUUGAAGCUUCCCCAUUCCCCGGUCACAACCAGCGGAGGUGAUUAGAUCUUCUGCAGCGGCGAUUCGACAGUCGUUAACGACAACAGCACGAGUCACACCUUCACGCGGUCUCACGGUCGCCGUAGGAGACGGCGGUAGACGUGUCGAGAGUCUGACGAGGAAAGGAUGUAGCGACAUUCUCAUUGUGUUGGAUUAUGCAGAAAAAAAGUUUCGCGGAGCAGUUCUUAUCUUCUCAAGUCAACCUCUCGGCCUCGUGGAGGAGAAGAUUAAAGAAAUACGUUAAAUAACCCGCAUAUUUGGAAGAUGUUGCACUUUCGUACCAUUGUAAAAACCCGUUGGGUGGUGUUGCUCCUCCUCCCACACGGCAACAACAAGUUUGUUUUAUGCAUGUGGAGCGCUUAUCCUUUAGUUCCAGUCCGUCGGCCCGGGCAUGGAAACAGAACCGCCGCAAAGAACCGUAGAAGUUCGAGGCUUCGACCAGUCGGGUUCAAUGGUCGGAACAGCUUCAGAUACGAAUGUCCAGGUACACGUGGCAGAGACGUCGUCCGGCAGCUGCGGCGAACGCGAAGCGCGCUACGAACAAAAGGUGGUGAUGGCAUCGUGCAAACCAGACGUGGAAGACACAGCGACGUCCGAUCGGCACUGCCGACAGAUCGCAUCAAAGAGAAUGUGCAGUUCGUCCGUAACCCUGGAACCGGUCCCCUGUUCAUCCGGAACGAGAACGAGUUCCUUCUGCACUUUUUCUAAUGUGAUCUAUAAUUUGCUUUGGUAGUUUCAGUUAUUUGACGCGGAUUAAUGGCGCGAAUAUGAACAAAUGAACAAAGUCUCGACCCUACACAGCCCAAUUUCCAUACGACAUUUCGGGGAUUCAGUUUGGUCCAAAAUCAGACGGACACAUCGUGCAGGCCAAUUUUUUCUGGGCUAAACGACGGACCGGCUAGAUUUAGCCCCAAAAAAUCGACGUCUGGUGUUUUGUGGGAGGGGGUUUAAGUAAGUGGCACUGAGGUUUUGUUGGGAGGGAUGAAGGACCGUAAGCGGACCAACGACACACAACAACCCCGAAACGCAAGGCUUUAUGGGUGAAAGACCAAUGUUGGCCGUCGAAAGGCAUAAGUUCCACUUGAUUAUAAUUUGCUGUUUGACCAGCGUAAAAACGUAAUAAAUCAAUGCUAAGAUAAACUUUUAACCUAAACUCAUCCUCAAGGUUACUUAGAGCAAGUAUUCAUGGCACUACAACCUGUGUCCCCGUAUGAACAAAUCAAUACAUCAAACGAAUCAAUAGCUGCCGCCCUCUUUGUUAACCCGAACAAGGCUCCACCGGUGUUGUCGUCCGCUCAGUCAUUGUUUCCGGAUUACAAAAGGCCAGUUUCUCAUUUACGCUGCAAGAGCAAUGGAUUGCAGCCUCAGAUAUGCAUUUUUUUCACAAAUGCAAAAGUGAAAAAAUGCCAGCGAUGUGUUCGAUGGGCCGGCGGCCCCGCUCGCGGUCACAAGUGAUUUUUGUUUUGCAGACGUCUCGAGAGUGAACAGCCGAAAUUCAAGGGCAGAGCUGAAACGCGCCGCGCGCGGGGCGUCGGGCCGACCGCCACUCAGUCCAAUUGGAACGGACAAGUCAAUCGAAAGAGUGCAAGAAGAGCAUAAUGGCGUAAUAGCUGCUGCGGUUCUGUUUAUUCGGGAGGCGACGAAGGGUUACGGACGCGAGAGUGGAUCUCAUAUGCACCUGAUAAUUCCGAUGAUCUGCGGACAAUGGCAACGGUUCACAGGCGACGUGCGCGGCGCUGGUACAGUACAGCCGAGAGCCGGAUGGAACCCCACGAUCGGGGGCAGCGCCGCGAUGUACGCGCAGCUUAUUGUUUACACUACAGAACGUGAGUUUUCCACCCCCCCCCCCCCCCCCCCAAAAAAAACUCGCCGGCGGCAUUUAUCAGCUGUAACGUGGAUGUCAAAAGGGCAAAAAACAAAACAAAAAACAUUAAAAGCGGAAAAGUUUACGUCAAAUAUACAAAAGUAAAAUCGUAAUGUUUACAACGACCUAUUCUUGCUGAAGUUCAAGCUUGCUGACCCCCCCCCCCGCCCCCGCUACUGCGACUGCGGGGUCGUGCGAUGCAAGCUUUUGCCGGGAACGGGCCGAAGGGGGACGGGGGGGGGGGAGAAUUUUUAAUAUACUAGCCGUGUAUGUAUAUUGUUAUGUUGCUGCAUUUGUUUUUGUUUUUUACUGUGAGCACCACUGUAAGUGUAUCAAACAGAAUGUACAUGUUGAGCCCCCUUCUAUUCCACAGCAAAAUCCCCUCAGAGCUCGUUGUCGUUCGUUCGUCCGCGACCGGACCACUCGUCCGGGAGUAGAGACGGAGCUCAGGAGCAAAACCCACGGAGGCUUUGUCACUGAGACAACUAAAGUUUGACUUAGAUUCCUUCUAGCCAGUUUAAUUAUGUAUCAUUUCGGAUUUUAAUAUUUUAUGUUACGGUUUAAACCCCCCCCCCCGAAUCCCUGUGCAACCCCCCGGAACAGGACUGAACUUUUCUUAUCCUGAGUUGCCCUCAUGGACCAGUAUAGUAGCUGGGAUGCAUGCCAUGUAUUUGUGAAUUUAUGAGUUUGAUCCUGCGGUAUAACCUUUUCUGCAUGUAAUCCCCACUCCCGCCCUUUCUUGUAAAAUCCCCACCGUGCACCGACUGGUAACACAGAAUCAGUCCUGGCGUCACGUUCAGGAUUCCUGUGAGGGCUGCAGUCUUUCUUUUUUUUUGUAAGUGAGAGCAUUGGUUAGUUACCGAAACAUCACGUUCACUUUCUUAUCCCACAGUUGAAUCAUUGACAUGAUUGGGAUUUGAACCAUCCCCAUGAACCCUAUUUCAUUUUUGAGAAGAUGAUAUCACAAGUGUGCGACCAAUUGCUGGAUAACGAAAUGUUUGACGCAUCACAUCAGGCCUCACAAUCUCCGUUUCCUUUUCUUUUGUUGAAGUGUAAACAGCCUCUUCAGCCGCGUCAACUCGUGAGGCACAAAGCAGCCGUGACACCUCGUCGGCAUCUCCAUAUAUUCUCCCUGACUCAAUAGUGAUCCCUCUCUCUCUCUCCCUCUCUCUCUCUCUCUCUCUCUCUCUGUGGAAUAUGUAAUGAAAACAACUGACAUGUGAUUUUGAUUUUGUAAUAUGUCUGCCUUUGUAUGCAAGCUCAACAUUAUGAAAAGAAAAAAAGACAAAAAAAACAUAUCUGCAUGCAUAUGUUCUUGGUUUUGUCAUGAGACGACUCUGCCUAAUGUUUGAUACUGAUUAUGCUGUAAGUCGGUCUUUUUCUUCUGGACAACAUUUUUGUACCUUUGAACACUAUCGCGUUGCCUGUUUGGCUGCUGUAUUGACUAUCUGGAAGCGUGACUUGAUGUAAACUGAAAAUCUCUCCUUUCCCGUUCUGUUUCCUUUUUAACACUCAGGCACUUGUUUGCAUCAAUUCCGGUUUGUUGAAUGUAUGACUAUGAAUUAUUGUCCCCGAAUUAUAUUUUAGUCCUAUGCCAAAUGGACACGUUA